AGUCAUCGGGACUGGGAGAGAAAACACUUUACCGCCGCCGCCGCUUCUUCUCCUGUCCGGUUUAAAAACGACAGAAAUAACAGCCGAGUUUGAGUCGGAUUUAUCGGAUUUUAUUUUUGUAGCUUCCGCCGGCUGCUCCGGUUCUUUCAGCGGCUGCUCGGACUGCUCGUUCCCCGGCGGACAGGCGGCUACAUUCGGAUACUGCUGCUAAACAUGGUGGCCUGUAUGCAAGCAGAGGAGGAGACGAGCCCAGUCUGGGGAUGUUUGGAGGGGUUUUAAAAGCACUUUGUUGGUGUGUGCAGCUGCUGUGAACCCUGAUACAUCCUCUUACUUCUUUAUUAUUAUUAUAUCUUUUCAUGUUUUUAUUUAAAAGCACUUGGACCUUUUUGUUUACAUUAAAAAAACCUGAGCAGCAGUGGACCAUCCGUGCUCUGCGGACCGUGCAUAAUUUGCAGUUUACUAAAAGUUGUCACCACCAGGCAAACUUUUUCCCAAUUGUUAAAUUUAUAGGGAGGGAAAAACCUGCAAAAACAUGCACUUAAAAUUGGGAAAAUGUGUUAAAAAGCUGCAACGCUGUUACCUUUUCUAACCUGAAUGAAUUGGUGCACAAGUGCAAGCCUGCAGGAGCUACUUUACCCUCUGAAAUAGUUGCUUUUAACACCCACCACCCCUCCUCCUCCUCCUCUACCCUUCCUCCUUUAAUCUGUGGAUUAUUAUGGAUUAUUGUUAUGGCUUAAUCCAAAACCACGCCAGACCAGGAAUUUUGGGAAUAACUUGCUGAUUUUUCAUUGAUGUGGAUGAUGAUGAUGAUGAUGAUGGUGAUGAUGAUGAUGACAGAGAAAAGCGAUGGUUUCCCUUCGUUAUGAUUUUGAGUAGAGAGGAGUUCAUUACAUGGAGACUCGCCUGACAUGCCAAGGAAGGAGUUGCCACUACCUGAGGGUUGGGAGGAAGCCAGAGACUUUGAUGGCAAAGUCUAUUACAUUGACCACAUUAACCAGUGCACGAGCUGGAUCGACCCCAGAGACAGGCAGACGAAGCCUCUGACGUUCGCUGACUGUAUCGGCGAUGAGCUGCCGAUCGGCUGGGAGGAGGCGUUCGACCCCCUGGUCGGAGCGUACUAUGUCGACCACAACACCAAGAGCACCCAGCUGGAGGACCCGCGGGCCCAGUGGCAGCGGGAGCAGGAGACCAUGCUGCGGGAGUACCUGGCCGUGGCCCGCGAUGCGCUCAGCGCCCAGAAGGAGAUCUACCAGGUGAAGGAGCAGCGGCUCCGCCUGGCGCAGCAGGAGUACCGGCAGCUCAACGACGCCUGGAGGGACAAGUCCACGUCGCAGACCAGCUUGAACUCCAGAUCGUCGUCCUCCAGCAAGUACGACCCAGAUAUCCUCAAAGCAGAAAUAACCACAGCUAAAAGUCGGGUGAACAAGCUGAAGCGGGACUUGGCCUGUAUGAAGCAGGAGCUGCUCUACAAAGAACAAGGCUUCGAGACUCUUAAAGAGAUUGACCAGAAGGUGUCCAGCUGUCCGUAUGGCUUUAAGCUGCAGGAAGCUCAGGCGAUCCUCAGUGAGGUUCGUUCCAUCAGAGACGCCAUCAGCACCGGAGAGAAAGAGAAGCAGGAGCUCAUGCAGAAACUGGCCGUGUUGAAGGACGGGUUCCAGCUGGACUCGGGUUCUCAGCAGGAGCUUUGGGGAAGCAGCCCGUCGCUCGCCAACUCCGAGCUCUCCAUCCCUCGGCUCUACUCCGACGCCGGCUCGCAGACGGACAUCCCCGCUGAGUUCAUGACGAGCACCAACAAGCUGGCAGAGAAAGUCCGUCUGAGUCUGAAGUACGAGGAGGCGAAAAGAAGGUACGUGCGUGCCGUGGUGCUGCCGUGCGUGGAGGCAACGCGCUGCCUCUUCAGGACGCGCGGCUCUCUGCCUCAGGACGUCGUGGAGUUCAACGAGGUGUUCGGCAUGCAGAUUUCCCAGAGUGCACUGCGGCAGAAAACCCUGAGGAUCGACGUCUGCAACACCAGCAAGUCGGGCCACGAAGACUGUCUGGCGGGAGCUCAGAUCAGUCUGGCUGACGUCAGCUGUUCGGAGGAGAGAUGCACCAAGUGGUACAACCUGCUGAGCCGCGCCUUCAUGCCCGAGAUCUCCAGCAAGGACAAAGAGAAGAGAGCGGCUUGCGGCUCAGACGCGACUCAGAGAGUUUUCAGCAGCGACAGAGUCGGAGCUGCUGAGGAAGACGAGUGGCACGGCGACGCUCUGGACGUGUUCGAUGAUGAUGACGAAGAGGAGGAGGAAGAAGGAAACGGCGUGGAGGGCGAGGGGACGAUGGAGGAGGACGAAGAGUUUUAUCCCGACAGCAGCCAAUGGGAAGCGGAGGAAGAGGAGAAGGUGAUGAAACCGCCUCCAGCAGCAGCAGCAGCAGCCAUCACAGAGAAGGUGAACAAAGAGACGAGUAUGGGCGGCAUGUCUCAUCAUCACUCGUCGGUGGUUCGUCCUAAAGAGCGACGGCCGGACGUUCCCCAGCAGAACCUCUUCAUGAGAGGGAACACCAUCAUCCGCUCCAAGACCUUCUCCCCCGGCCCUCAGAGCCAGUACAUCUGCAGGAUUAACCGCAGCGACAGCGACAGCUCAACGCUCUCCAGGAAGUCUCCGUUUGUCAGGAACGCUUCGGAGAGACGCAGCAUGAGGAUGAAGAAGCCUCCGGCGCCGGUCAAAGGUCUGGACGGUCUCCUGCGUACAUCUCUGGAUCUGGAGCUGGACCUGCAGGUGUCUCGGACGCGGCAGGCCCGGCUGGCUCAGGAGCUGCGUGUGCUGCGGGAGCUGAAGACGCAGCUGGAGAAGGCGAGGCAGCAGGGCCAGAGAGAGCUGCCGGCCUGGGUCCAAGAAGACGAGCGCUUCCGCAUCCUCCUCAAGCAGGCGGAGAAGCAGACUCGAGAGGAGCAGCUGCAGGAGAAGCGAGUGGAGAAGAUGAUGAGAGCGGCGGCGAAGGACGUUCACAAGAUCAGAGGCCAGAGCCGAAAAGAGGUUCCUGAAGUCCAGACGUUCAGAGAGAAGAUGGCGUUCUUCACCCGAGCAAAGACCAGCAUCCCCGACCUGCCAGCCGACGACGUGUAGAGAAGCAUUUCAAAGUAUUUCUACCCCCCCCUCCGAUUCUCAACCUGCUGUUCUCACAGAAAUAAAGUU